UGGGCAUCUCGGACGAGGAAGUACGUCAACGACCACGACGAUAUCAACGAUUCAAUUCGACCAAUCGAUCCAUCAGGUCAUCAGUCACGAAACGCUACUUAUCCUCUUGGCUCUUCGGAGAUACACCGAAACUCUUCACGAUGCGUCAAGCUCUCGCCAUCUUCGCUCUGAUCGCCAUGUACGGCAUUAUCGCCUACAGCAUAGGUAUCCCACUUCCUUCCCCAUUGUGGCGAUGGUUCUUCGCCCUGGUCGCCCUCGAAGGCGUGCUGCUGUAUCACGGAGAGCGCGUCUGUGAUCACCUGGUCGGCCCGGUCACCAAACCCGGCUACACAGCCGAGCAGAACGCUCUGCUUAAGCGGAUCGAGAACGGAAGGAUGGGGCGGAUGUUCGUCCUGCUCGUAACGAUCGGGUCGGGGUUCAGCAUGACCGCCCUGUUCUCCCUGCCACGACUCUGUCUGGUCGGGACCUCAGGACGGGGCGCAGAUGUUCGGUCUCAUCCUGGUCGGUGGGCUCCACAUUUUACUGGUCAUGGCGGUGGCUAUAGGGUUCACGGAAGGGAUCCAGAAGUCGGAAAAGGCCCUGGCCGAGUCCUUGUCGCCAUCAGCGACCGUCGAAGGUGGUACCGUCGAAUCCGGUGCUGUCGAACCGGAUCUCGAAGCCGGGCUCGAUUCGAAGCAAUGAGCGGGGCGGGGCAGGCAAAGGCGAAGACCGAAGCCCGCAAGAAUACCGUGCUGUGCUGUAAUGUAAUAUCAUCGUCACAAUUUGUCUGAUCCUUAACUUGCAACUUGUACGAUAACCAGCUCUCUGGAGAACGCUGUCGACUCUAUCUCCAUGUACCUGUAUACUACGAUCUCGCACAC